AUGAUCUCGGAAGAUGACAAGGGCACAUGGUCUCCAAAGGCAACCGAAGAUGAAUUUAAUGUUCUCGCAUGGCUGGUACAGGCUGCAAAGGGGUCAGAUCUUGAUCCUGAUACCCUAGCUCAUGUUCAGGUUCUUCUCGCCCUGGCAUCGGUUCACACUAUCCUUCGUCGCGUUGUGAACGUUCUCUAUGAUCUCAUAGAGAAUCCGAAGUAUAUUGACGAGUUGCGAGACGAAAUUUACAAUGUCUGGGCCACGACAGGUUGGAAUAAUGCUGCUGAUUCCUUCUCGAAACUUUACAAGCUCGACAGCGUGCUACGAGAAUCCCAACGUCUCUCCCCACCAACUAUUCUUGGUUCAAAGCGGCUCUUCAAGCAGUCGUAUACCUUCUUCUUGGGUAUAUCAAUCGAUCAGUGA